AUGGGAGCUCAGAAUGAAUCGAAUAAGAUCUGGUUUUUCUGGAAUUCGGGGACUAAUGUUGCUGUUAUUGUUGAUCAUCCCCAGUUUCUUCACGUUAGAGUUGAGGAUCCCAGACUAGCGCGUGCUAUCUAUUUGACUCCAGUCUAUGCGUCAUGCGAUGCUACUAUCAGGAGAGAUUUGUGGGCGGGUCUUCACCACAUCUCCCUCAAUAUGGACGAUCCUUGGCUAGUUGGAGGAGACUUUAAUGUUAUUACACAUGAUGGAGAGCGCACUGGUCAUAAUACCCGUAAUCGUGGCACUACUGCUUUCUCUGAUAUGAUGUUAGACUGUGGUUUAGAGAAUGCGGGUUUCAUUGGAAACCGAUAUACUUGGACCAAUGGUUGGGUUAGAAAGAGAUUAGAUAGGGUACUUAUUAAUUCUACAGCUGCAGCUUUUUGUCGACAGCUUACAGUGAGACACUUGAAUCGGACUUCAUCCGAUCACUCUCCGUUACUGCUUCAGUGGGUUUCUGAUGAUGAUUUGGGGCCUAGACCGUUCAGAUUUCUCAAUGUUUGGACCAAGCACCAUGAUUUUUUAGCCUUUGUCUCCCAGAAGUGGUCGCUCCCUACUCAUCUCACAGGGAUGACCGCUCUUUGGGAGAAGUUCUUCAAGCUGAAACAGGGUCCGCGCUGGUGGAACAGACAUGUAUUUGGAGAUAUUUUCCAGCGGGUGCGCGAUACUGAGGUCGGGAUUGAUGAGGCUGAGAUAAUAUAUGAUAGAGAUCCUACACCGGAGAACCGUAACAUACUACAUCAGGCCCAGGCAGUUUUAAAUCGGACAUUGUCUAUUGAGGAGGGCUUUUGGAAGCAAAAGGCCGGUUCACGUUGGGCAUGUGAGGGUGAUCACAAUACUCGAUAUUUUCAUGCGAUGGUUCAGGGGUGUAGGAUCAAAUCACGUAUCAGGUCUAUCAGGACAAAGGCGGGGGAAGUGUUAUCUACUCCAACUGAUAUUCAGACCUCGGCUGUUGCUUUCUACCAGGAUCUCUUAUCUACUCCUCCACAACCCUUGGACCACAUCC